AUGACACCACCUGGACGUCUCUGCCUCCUGAGGGUGCGUGGCACCCCCCUCCACCUUCUCCUUCUGGGUCUGCUGCUGGCCCUGCCGCCUAGGACCCAGGGGCUCCCUGGUGUUGGCCUUGCACCUUCAGCUGCCCAGACUGCCCAUCAGCACCCCCAGAAGCAUUUCACCCACAGCACCCUCAAACCUGCCGCUCACCUCAUCGGAGACCCCAGCAAGCAAGACUCACUACACUGGAGAGCAAACACGGACCAUGCCUUCCUCCAGCAUGGCUUCUCUCUAAGCAACAAUUCCCUCCUGGUCCCUGCCAGUGGUAUCUACUUCGUCUACUCCCAGGUGGUCUUCUCUGGGCAAGCCUGCCCCCCCGAGGCCACACCCACCCCUCUCUACCUGGCCCACGAGGUCCAGCUCUUCUCCUCCCAGUACCGCUUCCACGUGCCUCUCCUCAGCGCCCAGAAGACCGUGUGCCCAGGGCCACAGGGACCUUGGUUGCACUCGAUGUACCACGGGGCCGCGUUCCUGCUCACCCAGGGAGACCAGCUGUCCACUCACACAGACGGCGUCUCCCACCUACUCCUCAGCCCCAGUAGUGUCUUCUUUGGAGCCUUUGCUCUGUAG